AUGCAAUACCCAAACCUAUUUUAUUUAAUUACUUUGGGUGUUAUACUUGGGAUAAUUAUCUUAAUCAGUUUUGGUUUAAUUAUAUAUGGUAUUGUUUCAUAUGCGAGAAAAGGGCUCCCAAAAAGAGAUGGAUUUAGAUAUGGCGCUUGGUUGGCUUUUGAUGUAUUUUGGAUUGGAUCAGGUUUUUUUGUUUGGAUGGCAUCAGCAUUUAAAAAAGUACAUUGGGCUUUAGCUUGGGUAUUAAUAACAAUCAUUUGGGAAACUGGCUUUUUACAUAUUACAAGACGUUCUCCAGAAUAUAAGAAUGAUAAAUUCAAAAAUAGAUUAGACAAUUACUUUAGAUCAUUACUUCAUGGAGCAAAAAGAUUUGGUUCAAGAAAUUCAGUUUUAGUUCUAGUUUCAUUUAUAAUUAUUUCAUUCAUUAUCAGUUUUUUCACUUAUAAUGUUUGUGUUGGUAUUCACCCAUUUAGAGUAUCAAGUAGAUAUUCCAGAAGAAUUCAAGGUAGUAGUUGCACACCAGGUCAAGUUUGUAAUUUUAUUUUAACAGUACCAGAAGAUUUAUCAAAUAGUAUCAUUGCUAAUUGGCAUAGUCAAGAUGAACCAAUUCAAUCAUUCGCAUUAUUUGGUACAACUAGUCAUAAAAACUAUUUCAAUGGAUCAUUAUCUAUGCAAGCUGAUCAAUUUAAUAAUCCAUAUAGCAGCGAAUCAAAUGCAACCUUUUUCAAGAUGACUAAUUUCGAAGAUGAAGAAAAUAGAUGGGUUAGUUGGGCUGAUAUCACUGGUUUAGCACCAUCAACAGUAUAUUAUAUUGUAGUUGCAGUCGAAACUAAAGGUAAUAAAAUGAUCUUUUAUCCAGAACGUAAAUUUAGAACCGCACCAAAUGACGGAACACCAUAUACAUUCAUUACUGGUGGUGAUAUGGGUAUGACAACAAGUGGUGAAGAUUUAUCAAUUAAUGCAGCUUUAGCAGAACCUUUAUUCGUAAUGUUGGGUGGAGAUGUUGCCUAUGAUAGUGGCUUUGUAUCUUGUUAUCGUUGCUGGGACGAAUGGUUCAAACGUUGGGAUGAUACUUUUAUCACUCCUUUAGGUUUCACCUUACCAAUUAUUACUACAAUCGGAAAUCAUGAAGCUGGUAGCUGGAACAGUAAAAGAAAUGACGUUCAAUUCUACAACCGUUACUUACCAUUCCAAUUAGGUCUUCAAAAUAUAGAUCCACAAGAUCGUUUAUUACAACAUUACCAUUACAUUGGUAACAAUACUAUUAUUGUAGUAAUGGAUAGCUCGGUUGUUGAUAAAAUAGAAGAUCAAGUCGAAUGGUUAGAUACCGUCUUAAGCCAAAAUAAUCAAAGAUUAUUCAAAUUUGGUCUCUAUCAUAUUGCCCUCUAUCCAUGCACAAGAAUAGGCAUGGAUGUCGAUAUCACCGAUCAAGCCGCCAAAAGUUGGGGUCCAGUUUUCGACAAGUAUCACUUGACAGUUGGUUACGAAAACCAUUACCACUUGUAUAAACGUUCAAAACAAUUAGUAGAUGGAGUAGAGAAUAUAAACGGUACCUUAUACAUUGGUGACGGUGCAUUUGGUGUCUUGGCUUCCUAUUUAAAAGUAAAGGACUAUGACUAUCUCGUCAAAUCUGGUCGUAUCGAACAUAUCAUCAAAACCAAAGUAGAGCCAAAUAACAAUCAAAUUUAUUUAGAAACUAUUAACACACAUAACGAAGUUUUUGAUAGUUGGAAUCGUACUCUCUUAUAA